AGCCAGUUUCCGGUGGCGCGUGGUUUCCGGCUCGGAUCGGAACCUGGAGUCCGGAUUUCAUCCGGGUGUGAACAUUCCAAAAGCAGGUUUCUGAAAUGGCAAAAGAUGGCAGCAAGGAGGCCAUGCUUAUAUGGUGUGAAGAUUGUAAUCAGCAUCAUGAUUCUGAAUGUCCAGAACUGGGCCCAGUGGUGACAGUCAAAGAUUCCUUUGUGUUAAGUAGGGCAAGGUCAUCCCUUCCCUCCAACCUGGAGAUCAGGCAAGUAGAAGAUGGGAUGGAAGGCAUUUUCGCAGUAACUCAGUUGGUGAAGCGUACCCAGUUUGGCCCCUUUGAAUCCAAGAGAGUUGCCAAAAUAGAAAAGGAGUCAGCAUUUCCAUUAAAGGUUUUUCAGAAGGAUGAUCCUCCGGUGUAUUUUGAUACUUCUAAUGAAGAUGAUUGUAACUGGAUGAUGAUGGUGAGACCAGCCAACCAAUACGAGCACCAGAACCUGUCUGCCUUCCAGCAUGAUAAUGACAUUUACUUCACUACUUCCCGGGACAUCCCACCGGGAACUGAGUUAAGAGUAUGGUACGCAGCUUUCUAUGCCAAAAAAAUGGAGAAGCCCGUUCUAAAGCAAGUUACUAGCAUUGCCAAUGAUGUGUGCUUAGUUGUAAUGGAAUGUGACCAAGAGGGAAACAAAAUUGCUUCAAAGCCUCCCUGUUCUGGCAGCACUUUUUCUCUCAAGAAAUUAAAACUCUCACGGCCUAAACUUUCAGAGCAUCGGCGGAGCCAUGUGGAGCAACCCAAAGGAGUUCCAAAGAGCAACCAAAAUGAUGCUGUUCCAGAUAAGGCUCUCCCUGCAGAUAAGCCCAUAACCUGUGAAAAUGACAACCCCACUGUGGAAGUGAAAAGAAAACCACGAAGGGGCAGAAAGCCAAAAGUGGCAAAAGCAGAAACUCCUCUUGCGAUUGUGGACAAUAAAGACUCUUCUGUGGAACAUGUUGCUGAAAUUAUAACGGAGAUUCCACCUGAUGAUGUAGCCCUUCCUUCUGCUGAAGAAGCACGGUUUAUGGAGGUGGUAUUAGCGAAGCUACCUGGUACUACAAACAGUAAGAACUCUAUAGCAAAGUUUUCUCAUCAUCAAAGCUCUAUGUCCCUCAAGAGGAGCUUACUCCUCUCCAGCCGACAUGGGAUGCGGCGCAAGUUGAUCAAGCAACUUGGGGAACACAAGCGUGUGUAUCAAUGUAACAUCUGCAGCAAGAUGUUCCAGAACAGCAGCAAUCUCAGCAGGCACAUCCGGUCUCAUGGUGACAAAUUGUUUAAAUGUGAGGAAUGUGCCAAGCUUUUCAGUCGAAAAGAGAGUUUGAAGCAACAUGUUUCAUACAAACACAGUAGGAAUGAGGUUGACAAUGAGUACAGGUACAAGUGUGCUACAUGUGAAAAAGCUUUUCGGAUAGAGAGUGCAUUAGAAUUUCACAACUGUAGAACAGAUGACAAGACGUUUCAGUGUGAGUUGUGUUUUAGAUUCUUUUCUACAAACAGCAACCUCUCAAAACACAAAAAGAAACACGGGGACAAGAAAUUUGCUUGUGAGAUCUGCAACAAAUUGUUCUACCGAAAGGAUGUCAUGUUGGAUCACCAGAGGCGACAUCUAGAAGGAGUGAAGCGUGUGAAAAGAGAGGACUUUGAGCACAGUGCAGAGAACAUGGUCCGCUAUAAGAAAGAGCCUUCCGGGUGCCCUGAGUGUGGAAAGAUAUUUUCAUGUAGGAGCAAUAUGAACAAGCAUCUCCUGACCCAUGGAGAUAAGAAAUACACCUGUGAGAUUUGUGGCCGUAAAUUCUUCAGAGUAGAUGUGCUUAGAGAUCAUAUUCACGUUCACUUUAAGGACAUAGCAAUAAUGGAUGACCACCAGAGAGAAGAGUUCAUUGGCAAAAUCGGAAUCUCUUCAGAGGAGAAUGAUGAAAACUCAGAUGAAAGUGUGGAUUCUGAGCCUCACAAGUAUAGCUGCAAAAGGUGCCAGUUGACAUUUGGCCGAGGAAAAGAGUACUUGAAACACAUUAUGGAAGUUCACAAGGAGAAGGGUUAUGGCUGUAGUAUCUGCAAUAGACGUUUUGCCUUGAAAGCAACUUACCAUGCGCACAUGGUCAUUCAUCGGGAGAAUCUGCCUGACCCCAAUGUGCAGAAAUAUAUCCAUCCAUGUGAAAUCUGUGGAAGGAUUUUUAACAGCAUAGGGAAUUUAGAACGGCAUAAACUUAUUCAUACAGGUGUGAAGAGUCAUGCCUGUGAACAGUGUGGUAAGUCGUUUGCAAGGAAGGACAUGCUAAAAGAACACAUGAGGGUCCAUGAUAAUAUUCGAGAAUAUUUGUGUGCGGAAUGUGGCAAAGGCAUGAAAACAAAACAUGCAUUGCGCCACCAUAUGAAACUUCAUAAAGGGAUAAAGGAGUAUGAAUGCAUGGAGUGUCAUCGAAAGUUUGCACAGAAAGUCAACAUGCUCAAGCACUACAAGAGGCAUACAGCAGGAAUCAAAGAUUUCAUGUGUGAACUCUGCGGGAAGACAUUUAGCGAGAGGAACACAAUGGAGACUCAUAAGCUCAUUCACACAGUGGGGAAGCAGUGGACAUGCUCAGUGUGUGAUAAAAAGUAUGUCACAGAGUACAUGCUUCAGAAGCACAUUCAGCUGACUCAUGAUAAGAUAGAAGCACAGAGUUGUCAGCUCUGUGGGACGAAGGUUUCCACGAGAGCUUCAAUGAGUCGUCACAUGAGACGAAAACAUCCAGAGGUGCUUUCAGUUAGGAUUGAGGACUUGGAGCAGCUGUCAGAGACCUCUACCAUUGAUGCUACUUCUAUAGGAAUUGUACAGCCCGACCUAGACCUGGAACAAGGGGAAUUACCAGAAGGCAAGCAUCUGAAGGCUCAUAAGCGUGGUCAUAAACGAAAGCAUAAGCCUAAUGAAGAGGAAGAAACCCAAGUGCCUGAGGAUUCUGCCUUCAGUGAAUAUACAGAAAAAGAUGUGGAAUUCACAGGGAAUGUGGGGGAUGAGACCAAUUCAGCUGUGCAAAGCAUUCAGCAGGUGGUGGUGACUCUUGGAGACCCAAAUGUCACAGCACCUUCUAGCUCUGUUGGUCUGACCAAUAUUAGCGUUACUCCCAUCACUACAGCAGCUGGAACCCAGUUUACUAACCUGCAACCUGUGGCUGUGGGCCACCUUGCCACUCCCGAGCGCCAGUUACAACUAGACAAUUCCAUCCUCACAGUGACAUUCGAUACAGUCACUGGUUCUGCCAUGUUGCAUGGUAACCGCCAAAACGAUAUCCAAAUACAGUCGCAGCCUGAGCCAACAAACCCCCAGUCAGUAGCCCAUUUUAUAAAUCUGACGACUUUGGUGAACUCCAUUGCUCCAUUAGGGAGCCAGAUAUCAGAACAGCAUCCCUUAACAUGGAGAGCAGUGCCUCAAACUGAUGUCCUGCAAACUCAGGCCCAGCCAACGCAACAGCAGACAGGGCAGCAACAGGUUCAAACUGAACAGCAGCAGCAGAUGUACAGCUACUAACUUAUACUUGAAAGAAGACACCAAACUGUGAAUGGGCUUGUAGGAGCCCAUGGGACACAUAAACCGAAUAAUCAAUUGCUGGAAACCAAACAGAGGUGGAGGAGAGUGUGUAUGCAAUGAAAUGUGUGUUGAUGUUGGCCCGACAGCUUGAAAUACAGAGGCCUUAAAAGUCUCAUACUCUGUACACACCAACCUUCCUCAAAACAUGGGUAACUUCAGCUCAUAAUGGUUGACUGGGAAUAGUGAUAAGUCUGAGGUCAUGGGGUAGGGGAUGGGGGUGAUGCAUUUGGCAAGCAAAUAGGGAAUAGAUAGUAAAUACACGGCCAUACUGGUCACACAAAAAUCAUACUGGUCACACUGAGUUAGGUUGCACUAACUUGGCAGCAGGAUUUAGAAUAUAACUGAGCAAAAAAGACCAUUCCUGUAUCUAAUGGAACAUUUGGAAAAAUAAGUGGGUGGGGAUAGUCUUGUGAUGUGAAAUGUACCUCAUUUCAUGAAUUAUUUCCAUUAUGGUGAUGAAGAAACCACCUUACCAGUAAGACAUCUUGGGUUGUCACCUGAAAUAGCCAGUCUGAUGUUAGAGCAACAUUCAUGAUCUUCUGUUUAGUAAAAUUAAAACUUGAAUCAAGCUUGUUGUGGACUAAAUGCCUAAUGUGAUAAUAGAAUUGUUUACAGAACUGCUUGUUGAUUAAAUAUUACAUUUAGCUAAUAGGCUUGAAGAGCAGUUCUUCCCAUUGAAACUGACUUUGCCAAUUAGUCUUACAUCAUGUCAUAAAUAUUUGGGAGGGAAAGAGUCAUUGUUCGCUAUUACCCUUUGUACUUCACACUGUAUUCUUGGUGGAUAUUUGCAGAUUAAGGGACACUUUUUAAAGUGAUUUCAUGUAUCUUUUCAUUAUUUUCUUUGUAAUAACUGAUACUUGAUUUUGCUUGGGGGGAAGAUCUGAAAUGCACAGCAACAAAUUGCCUGGGUGCAAGUCAUAGUGUAAUACCGAUUGUAGAUUAUAUUGACCACAAGGAGGCAGCCUAAACUAAAGCUAAUGACAAACACUUACCUUGAUAAAGGUAGGAAACGAUAGAACUGUUGUGUCAUCUGUUCAGGCUGAAGAGGGCAUUUUUUGCAUCCUCAUACAAUGUAACUGACGUAUCUUGUGUUAAAUACCAAUUCAAUCUACAUCUUCUAUGAAAUGACUUACGACUGUACCAUCAGAAAAUAAAGGAGAGCAGCCCAGCCAUUUAUGAAGAAAAAUGAAUAAACAUUUAUCUUG